AUGGAAAUAGAUGGUCAUCAGUCUGAGUUGGACUCAGUAGAAGUUACAGAACCUCAGGAAAUUCAAACACACCACAGAUGUAAUAUUGUGGCGUUCCUGAAGAGAAACACUUUUGUUAUUCUCACAGUUACAGCUGUUGCAUCAGGAAUUGGUCUGGGCUUUGCUCUACGACCCUUAAACAUGUCAGACAGGGAUGUAAGAUACUUAAUGUUUCCUGGAGAGCUGCUGAUGAGAAUCCUGCAGAUGCUGAUGCUUCCUCUCAUCGUUUCAAGUCUGAUUUCAGGCACGUCAUCUGUGGACAGGAAAGCUUAUGGGAGAAUUGGACUGAGGGCAAUUUGCUACUACAUGCUCACCACACUUAUUGCUGCAUUCACUGGCAUCGUUUUAGCCGUUAUCAUCCAGCCAGGGAACUGGUCCAGGAACCCCUCAGCCUCCUCUGGUGGUAGAGCGGAGGCUGUGCAGAGCGUGGACGCUGUUCUAGAUCUAAUCAGAAACAUGAUCCCCUCAAAUCUGGUUGAAGCUUGUUUCAGAAAGUUUAAAACUGUUUAUUCCAGGAGUGUUUCUUCAGGAUUUAAUAUCACUGAGGCCAAUAACACUGUGCCAGUGCCCGGCUCGUCAGAUGGUAUGAAUAUGUUGGGGCUGUUGGUCUUCUCUGUUGCCUUCGGCCUCAUUCUGGGCAGCAUGGAGUCUCAGGGAAAACCUCUGAGGGAUUUCUUUGACUGCCUUAAUAAAGCUGUUAUGCAUCUGGUCAACAUAUUCAUCUGGGUACUCCCUGUAGGAAUCUUCUUCCUGCUGGCAGGUCAGGUUGUGAAGAUGACAGAUACAGGAGAGAUGGGCCAGGAAGUAGCGAUGUAUAUUCUCACUGUGAUUGCUGGCCUGCUAAUUCACAGUUUCCUCACUCUGCCCCUCAUCUACUUUUCUGUCACACGGAAGAAUCCCUUCAGACUCAUGAGUGGUGUUCUGCAGGCUCUCGCCACUGCCUUUGGGACUUCAUCAAGCUCUGCAACUUUACCUGUAACUCUGCACUGCAUGGAGGUCAAUCACAGCAUGGACAAACGGGUGACCCGCUUCAUGCUGCCUACUGGCGCCACUAUGAACAUGGAUGGUGCAGCACUCUAUGAAGCAGUGGCAGCUUUAUUCAUAACCCAGCUACAUAAUAUGAAUUUUGACCUCGGUCAAAUAAUCAUCCUCAGUUUGAUUGUUACAGCUGCGAGCACCGGUGCGGCAGGCAUCCCACAGGCUGGACUGGUUUCCAUGGUGAUAGUGUUGUCAUCCGCUGGACUGCCAACUGAAAACAUAUCCCUGCUUAUAAUGGUUGAUUGGAUUCUUGAUCGUUUGAGGACAACCACCAACGUCCUGGGAGACUGUAUUGGUGUCGGUGUAGUUCAACAUCUGUCCAGACGUGAGCUACAGAGCUCCGGGCCUGCAGGAGAAAGAUUGAUGGAAGAAAACCUCCAUCUAUGAGUUUCAUGAUACUUGACAGCAUCGAUUUCAAUAAGCUAUGAUUCGUGAAAGCAAAAUUACUAAUCAAACCAAACUUAUCAGAAAAAGUCUGAGAAAUAUUUGACAUGUAUUCAUUUGACAUGCUUUGGCUUCACGUUUGAUCAGCUUGCAGUCUGUCGGCCAAGAUUAUCUACAGUCUGUGAUGUAUCUUAGCACAUAACCCACUGUAGUGGUUAGGGGCUUUCACAGGGAACACUCUGCCACCACCUGGUGGUAGGACAGUCAGUGACCCAGUUACAUAUGCUAUUCAUAUAGGCCUAUAUUGAACUUUUAAUAUUUUAUGGUGCAACAUUUUAUGGAAUCAAACACAGCACAAUGCUUGACUGUAACUGAAACUAUUUUGGUGUGUGUUUAGUCUGCAAAAAGCUUAUGGUUUAUUGAAUAAAAACUGAACUGAUCAGAA